AUGGUGAAAAAGUCGACGAUAACUACCGUGGUUUUACUUGUGAUCAUUAUGGUCAACUGCAUGUUGUACGCGUUUGACUUCUUCUUCCUGCCGAACGAGCCCCAGACUAAAUGCCACACCCUUAUUGAAUUGAUGGAACCCCAAAAUAUGCCCAGCACCAAUACAAAAUUUAUUUCCAAAGUGCCCCAACUUCCCCUGGCGAGUCGCCAGUCGCCAGUCGCCAUGGCCGACACCUCGAUCCUGGCUGAGCUCAGCGAGGUCGUGCCCAAUCUCAGCACCACCAUCACCCGCUUCGAGCCCCAUAAUCGGCUCAUGGUCUACACCAUAUCCACUUGGAUCCCGCGAGUUCCCGAUGCCGUCUUAUGGGUGCCCAGCGAUAACCUGGACCUAUCACAGCUGACCCAAACCAUGCAGCCCAAGACAAUUGGUAGUGCCUGCCCUCGUUCCCCCACCUCUCCUGUCUACUUCAGUCCACCCUCCCCGACCCUCGACAUCAGCAGCCCCUUCACCGGCAUGGCCUCCUUUGAAAUGGAUAUGGUGCAACAGCGUGCCAGCAUGCUCGAGCGGUGGCUUCGUCGCGUCAUCGCUCUGCCUGAAGUUCGCCAGGAUCUCAACCUCCGCACCUUUCUAAUGUUUCAAAACGAGCUGCCCCAAAAAGAGCAGGAGAGCACCGCUGACUACGAAGGCGUUUGGUUGCCCCGAUUUCAUGGUUGCAGCCAAGCUAUCCGUCGUCGCUCGUACCGACACAAAGCCCUGGCAUUGGCCUUUCGGGAGUUGCGCGAGGGCAUCUCUGAAAUCAUGCAGGAAACCACGGACACAACCCUGCAAUUCCUCAUGUCCCUUCCUGAUGUUCUGGCGGCCAGCGAGACCUCGCAUAAUCGUGCCAUGAGGAUUUGCGAUGUGUCUCUCGACACAUUGCUCUGUGAAACAAGCAUCUCCUUUGAAGCUCGGGUUCAUGCAUAUCAACGCCUGGCGCUAGUUCGGCAAAAACGGGAGGAAGUGCAAGCAGAGGCCCGAGCUGCACCGCCCGAGGAGCAAAGCAUUGCGGAGGCAAAACUUGAACGCAUGGAGCAGCUGGUCAAUAAGCUGGACGCCGUACUAACGAAUAACGAGCACACUCUGAGGCUAAAUCAUGUUGUGGAGCACAAACGCGCACUCACCGAGUACGCUGUCAACCAGAUUGAAUUGGCCAACGAGCAGCAGCAGGCGUUGGACGCCAUCAGAAACGAGAUUGCCAAUCUGCCCACCAAAACAUGGACAGCAGCUGAUGACCGAGAGCUCGUGGCCAUUUGGGAGCAGGGAGCAGAGGCCUCACUCGAAGAUGCUGAGGCGGAUUCUGACGAGCAAGAGUCGUGCCCGCGGGAGCGCGACGCCGAGGCCGCUCAUCCCAGCGACCCACGCUCACCGUCUGCGGUCCACCGCCAGAUCCUAUCCUUUUGA